GCUGCUCUUGGCGUACGUCUUUUUCUAUAUAAUUGAAUAACCAAUUUGUCCAUAUUGGUUCUACUUCUUACUAGCCAUUCGGUUUUCAUUUCCCAUAUUGAAAUUGUUACCAAAGUUCCACCAACCAGAAUUUUGUUUCGGCCGUACGAUCUCUUGCUAUCUGCUUCUCGAUCUCUAGAGUAAUUUCUCAGGACUAUCUUUCAGAGUGGUAUCCUAUCCAACAUAUAUGUCUAACACGCAGGUACCCAAUGACGGCCCUAUGAUGAGCAACACACGGGGAAGCAAGCACAAUGCCGACAAUGUUGAGUCACAACCGCGAGAUCCCCUGUGGAGAGAUCCAGAUGCAGUUUCAACAAAACAAAAAUUGGGAGAAACACUUCUUUCAGUCUCAUUCUGGCAUAAGAUGUUCGUAAUUGCAUGUGUGAUCGCGGUCUCAUUAGACCCGUUGUUCUUCUACAUUCCAGUCAUCAAUGAAGAACGAAAGUGUCUUGCAUUAGACAUAGAGUUGAUGAUUAUAGCUCUCAUUUUGCGAUCGCUCACUGAUGUCACUUUCGUAGUGAGUAUCAUAUAUCAUGUUUGCAAAGCCAUCAACGAUGCGCACAAAGAACACAGACAAAAAAAGUCUGAUGAAGUGGCACCGGAUUGGGAAUUUUCGAAGGUAUCAGCAGCGGAGAUAAUUCCAUUUGCUAAAUUAGUUGCUGGGAAGCUAGCUUGGCGCUCUACGCUAACCAGCAUUUUAGCUGUUUUUCCCAUGCCACAACUGCUUCUAAUAUUUGUCUUCUUCGAAAUGAGAGGCCAUGGACACUUGCGGCAUAGAAAGAUUCUGAAUUUCUUUGUUCUAGCUCAAUAUCUGCCGAGGAUUUAUCGAAUUUACCUAUCAUCUCAGAAACUCAGACAAACUACUGGAAUAUGGAUUAAAGCUCUGUUUAACUUUUUUCUAUAUAUCCUUGCAAGUCAUGUCCUUGGAGCUUUUUGGUACUUUUUCUCUAUUCAACGAGAAACUUCUUGUUGGCGUCGAGCAUGUGUAAAGAAUAGUACAGUUGAAGGAUGUAAGACUACCUUAUAUUGCGAGGGUCACAAUAUUACUGCAAGAAAUCCCGCACUCCUUAAUCAAUUUUGCUCUAUAAGUGCUGAAGAGAAUGCUACGGCCGCUUUUGAUUUUGGAAUAUUUCUGCAUUCCCUCAAAAAUAAUAUCACACGGGAUAUACCUUUCGGAACGAAGUUAUCUUACUCUUUUUGGUGGGGAUUACGUAAUCUAAGUAAUUUUGGCACAAAUCUCGAAACAAGCAACUAUGUGUGGGAAACUUGCUUUGCAGUUUCUAUUUCUGUCAUUGGCUUGCUACUAUUUAUAUAUCUCAUUGGAAAUGUACAGACAUUCGUGUCCAUGGAAGCUGAAAGAUGGGAGGAUAUAAGAAACAAGAUACGAUUGAAAGAGAAAGAUAUAAGAGGAUGGAUGGACAGACAUAAGGUCCCAGAGAAUUUGAAGAAAGAAAUUAAGAAGAGGAUUGAGAAAAAACUGGAAGAGAACAAAGAUACUGAUCAUGAGACUCUUUUCUUUAAUAUUCCGAUGAGGUGUCUUAGGCAUUUCCUCGGCAAGAAACUGCUAGAGAAAGUACCGAAGCUUGCAAUGAUGGAUAAAAGAGUGUUGAGAAUGAUGUGUGACAAUCUAAAGCCAGUGAUGCAUGACGAGGGCACCGAGGUUUUUCAAAUGGGAGCUCCACUAGAUAGAAUGCUACUCAUCACAGAAGGCACAUUAUUGACCUACAAAAGUAACAGUAAUGAUUGUCAUGUUGCAACUGAAAACACAGUGCGCGACUUUUACGUCCCCGAAGAACUGAUCGAGUGGGUAACAGAAAAGAAGGAGCUACGCCAGCUUCCCUGCUCUUUCUUCAAUGUGAAAUGCAGUUCGAAAGUAGAAGGCUUUGAACUCAUGGCCAAGGACUUGAGAAGUGUAGUUUUCAAAAACGAAAACAGGUGGAAAUAUAGCAUUAGCCAGUCAGACAACAGCAUGGCGCAGAAACAUGGAGUGAAUCCCAGUACUAGCAGAGACCUGGAGCGCGCUUAAUUUGUACCUCUCUCCAUCGCGGCUGGUCUCCUGGAGGCAGUGCUAGUAUGUGAUUUUAGAUCCUAGGGUUUUUUUAGUUGUUGUUGGGCUUUUGGACCUCGGUUUGUUAUUUUCUAUUAGAUGUAGGUUAAUUAAGUUUUUGUCUAUUAGGCAUCUGGGCCUAGGGCCCUUGCUUCCUUAUGUACAUCUACAUCUGCAUUUGUAGUAUGUUUCUGUUAAUGA